AUGUCUCAAGGUGGUCAAGCCGUGACAAAUUUGAGCUCAUCAUACUCCUCCAACAACAACCGUAGAAGCUGUUCUCCUACGCUCCAUGAUCUACCUGAUGAAGUUAUUUCCAAGAUUUGUUCCUAUUUCUUUGCCCAACCAUUGUGUAUUUCAUAUCCUUUUCCUGCUCUUUCAUGUAUUUCAUGCUCGGAUUUCACAUCAUUGAUUUCUCUGAUUCAUACGAAUAGAAAAUUGCGAGAUUUAAUUAGGAAUAACGUUGAUCUAUGGAGUCAAUGUUUAUUUCGAUAUCCGUGUUUCUUUAACAAUAAUUUGAAAAUGUUGAAACAUAUCAUGAUCCGAUGCGAUCAAGAAUUUGCAAAUUUGGAAGUGCCAUCAUUCGAGCAAUGUAAAGCCAAUGACUCAUUUGACACGUAUAAACGUGACUCUUCCAAAAUCGAUGACGAGAAGGCUUUCAAUUAUGUCCUUGGAAAGUCGAUGAAUGAGGAAGGCUCCGAUACCACUUGCCAUCAUCAUCAUUACUCGUGUGAAUCACAAUUGUUGGACUUUUACGCAGAUUUUGUAAAUGUAUUUUGUGAGACUCAAAACAUGGAUAUUCACUUUGAAGGAAUCAUUCCUCUACCUGAAAUGUUGUACAAACAUUCACCACCUUCAGAUUUCAUGUUGAAAAAGUAUUGCGAAAGAUUUUCAAAUAUCCAAUACUUGACCUUCACAGAUCAUCGAGAUCGAGUGGACUGUGAUUAUUGGUUUAACAGAGAAAUGGGUUAUUCCAAAAAGUUAUGGUGGUAUCAUUUACAAGGCAUAUUGGUGAGCUAUUAUGAAUUUAGAGCGUUGCAAUCCGCUUCAUUUCUCAAACCAAAACAUAGUUGGAUUUCUCGUUUGAAACCAAAGAAGCAAAGUGCAUUGAAAUAUCUACAACAUUCGAUUUCACUUGGAGUUGGUAAAUCACAUGUGUUACUGAAAGAGUUACAGGAUUUUGAGAGAGAUCAUCCCAAUAUUAAGAUCACUUCCACUAUUUUCGGUUCGGAUGUCCAAUGUUUUUCAGUACUUUCCAACUAUUUAAAAAGAGUGACUCUCACUCUUAAGGAGGCUAGAGAGGAACCAAUAACUUUGAAAAACAUCAAACUAUCGAAUCUUUCUUGGUUGGAUAUUCACUAUGAGCCUAAGACUUGUCCUCUUCUUCAGAUUGUGUUUGAAGAUGUGAAUGCUCCAAUAUUGGAUCGAUUGAGCUCCAAGCAAUGUAAUUUGACAGUCGUCAUGACCUCAGCAGACACAUAUUUUCCAACACUUCAUUCUUUAAUACUACAGCAGUGCAAGUUUUCAAAGCCAUUUUGGAUUGACGCCCAUUGCGACUCAUUGGAAACGCUGGAUUUAACGUUUGAUUCAAGCAACAACACUGAUCUAUUAGAUUAUUACUUUAACAAUAGCUUUAAAAAUCUUAGAGAAGUAACCAUAGACUACGGCUCAAGGACCGUGGAGCUUUCUGAUGUUCACACACUCAAAAGGGUACGAGUGAGAGGUGUCGAUGUUUUUGAGGCCACUAAUUGUGGAAAAGCUGAUUUUAACUUUCAUUCAAUGAGGAAACGUAUAUCCAUCCAUCAGAAACACCUUGAAGAUAUCUAUAUCAACGCAUUACCAGAAUGCAUCAUUACAAUAUCAGCUCAAGAAUGUAGUACAUUGGUUUUGCAACAACAUUCUUCAUCAGGCAUUACUUUAUCACAUCUUCAACACAGCAUGAAUAUUGAGAAAAUUUCAAAAUUAACCAUGUAUAUGACCAUAUCCAAUGAGUUGGAUCAAGAAAUUACAUUGUCACUGAUGCCAAAUGCAAGCGUUAUUGAAAAGCUUGAUUGGUCUUGCUAUACUUCAGGAUCUCAAGACAAUCUUUCUCUCUUGCUGAAAUUCAUUCAAAGGUUCAAUUUUCUCAAGAAAUUAAGAUUGUCCAAUUCUCAUUUCAACAUGUUAAAUAAUCUCAUUGAAAGGUUGAAAACAUUUGAUCUGCCAUAUCUCAUUGAAGAGAUUGAAUAUGAUGGAUCCAGUUGGUUCAAUGGGUCAUCCUGCUACUACACUUUGAAUAUUCCUUUUUCCAAAGAUAUGCAACCACUACAAACAGAGAACUCCAUUGCCUCAAUAUUGAGUCACCCUUUCUUGGUCAGAAACGACUUCAUGAGAGGUGUGAAUGAUCAAACAAGUCAUAUCUCAAGUUCAAGUUUAAAGAAUUUAAAUAUUUAUGGAAGUAGUGAUGAUCCACUCUUCUUUACAUCCUCAGAGCUACCAAAAUUGCAGUUUGGAGAUUUACCAAGUUUACAAACCUUGAAGAUUUCUCAGCUAAAGAUUCUUGAUGAUUUGCCAACAAUGAAUGUCUUAAAAGAAUUGACAAUUUCCAAAUGUCAACAAGUUAAAAUUGACCUUUCAUCCUUUCCAUUCUUACAUCAAUUCUCAGCAGAAAAUUGUAGAAAUUUGAGUAUUUGCUGUCUCGACGUGAAUUAUGGAUCCAAGUUGAAAUUUAUGAAAAUCAAAAACAUUCUCGAGUUGCAUGUUCAACUCAUAGCGCCAGAGAUGUUGCAACAGGUGAGAGAGCUCGUGAUUGUGAAAAUUCAAUCUACAACCUCGAAUUCAAUAAUUAAUGUGAGCAAGAUGAGUCCUCCUUUCCUUGCUAUCCUUCAUUUGCAUGAGACCAAUAUUGUGCGGCAAUAA